GUUUGAGUGAGCAAACAGAGGGUGAAUGAAGUGACUUGCGGGCAGCUGGGUAGAGGAUGAGUCAACAUUGGUGUAAAGGACUUGAGCUUCAGGGUUCUCGGCAUUCGAGUCCUGGCCCUGCUGCUUGCCAGCUCUGUGCUGUGGCAAGUUACUUCCUCUCCCCAGGUCUCUCGGUUUCCUCAUCUGCUGCCUCUUCAGACUUCUGCCAGAACAUUGCACGCGACAGUUUGAGGCACAGAACUGACUGGCAGCAGGGGCUGCUCCACGAGUGGGAAUUUGCUCCAGCACUUCACAGACUGCAAGCGGGGCACUUGCUAACUCUUGGCCUCCCUGAACAUAGGAAACUCACCUGGGCAGCCAUGGAGUGGGACAAUGGCACAGGCCAGGCUCUGGGCUUGCCACCCACCACCUGUGUCUACCGCGAGAACUUCAAGCAACUGCUGCUGCCGCCUGUGUAUUCAGCGGUGCUAGCGGCUGGCCUGCCGCUGAACAUCUGUGUCAUUACCCAGAUCUGCACGUCCCGCCGGGCCCUGACCCGCACGGCCGUGUACACCCUAAACCUUGCCCUGGCCGACCUGCUGUAUGCCUGCUCCCUGCCCCUGCUCAUCUACAACUAUGCCCAAGGUGACCACUGGCCCUUUGGCGACUUCGCCUGCCGCCUGGUCCGCUUCCUCUUCUAUGCCAACCUGCAUGGCAGCAUCCUCUUCCUCACCUGCAUCAGCUUCCAGCGCUACCUGGGCAUCUGCCACCCGCUGGCCCCCUGGCACAAACGUGGGGGCCGCCGGGCCGCCUGGCUAGUGUGUGUAGCCGUGUGGCUGGCCGUGACAACCCAGUGCCUGCCCACAGCCAUCUUUGCUGCCACAGGCAUCCAGCGUAACCGCACUGUCUGCUAUGACCUCAGCCCGCCUGCCCUGGCCACCCACUAUAUGCCCUAUGGCAUGGCUCUCACUGUCAUCGGCUUCCUGCUGCCCUUUGCUGCCCUGCUGGCCUGCUACUGUCUCCUGGCCCGCCGCCUAUGCCGCCAGGACGGCCCGGCAGAGCCUGUGGCCCAGGAGCGGCGUGGCAAGGCGGCCCGCAUGGCUGUGGUGGUGGCUGCUGCCUUUGCCAUCAGCUUCCUGCCUUUCCACAUCACCAAGACAGCCUACCUGGCAGUGCGCUCGACGCCGGGCAUCCCCUGCCCUGUGUUGGAGGCCUUUGCAGCGGCCUACAAAGGCACGCGGCCGUUCGCCAGCGCCAACAGCGUGCUGGACCCCAUCCUCUUCUACUUCACCCAGAAGAAGUUCCGCCGGCGACCACAUGAGCUCCUACAGAAACUCACAGCCAAAUGGCAGAGGCAGGGUCGCUGAGUCCUCCAGGGCGUAGGCAGCCUUCAUAUUUGCCAUUGUGUCUGCGGCACCAGGAGCCCAUUCAACCAUGCGGAGAAUUAGAGCUCUGCUCAGCUGGGCAUGGAGUAAGAUCCCUCACAGGACCCAGAAGUUCACCAAAAACUAUUUCUUCAGCCCCUUCUCUGGCCCAGACCCUGUGGGCAUGGAGAUGGACAGACCUGGGCCUGGCUCUUGAGAGGUCCCAGUCAGCCAUGGAGAGCUGGGGAAACCACAUUAAGGUGCUCACAAAAAUACAGUGUGACGUGUACUGUCA